AUGCCCGAAGAAAAGUCUUUCGCUGUCCCUCCCUGUCCCGCGGGAGGGACAAGCCACCCUAAAACCUCCUCAACAUCUAUGGAGACAACCAAGGACGCCAAUAAGAAUAAAACACAGGGGGUACUCGGAUACAGACCGCCAUCCUCACCGGCAGAUGGAGCGAUCGGAUGCGAUGGAUACCAGCGACCGACCUGGUCUGAGGAAGUCCAGGAUGUCCUGGCCAUCAUCCUUUCAUGGGACAACCAGUAA